GGGACUACUUAGUGCUCAUUACUAGAACAGAUAUUCUUAUAGUUUAUAGGGCAUACAAUAUAGCAUCUACAAAUCUCCAGAUACCUCUAGGUAAAUUGUAUACUUUCUGAUGGCCUGUCAGUUGCCAAGAGGAAGUCCCUGCCCUGGACUAUUUGCAUAAAGUCCCCCCCCCCAGCCCACCCCAUGAGAAUCGUCAUGCUCCCAAGAUCUACUUUGCGAACUGUGUCAACACUGUGUGUGAAGAUGACUGCGCGUCAGGCCAUUCUAUGCGCUUUCUCCAUUGCUGUCUUUUUAUUAGAUCAGGGAUGCUGUGCAAGGAGUAACAGUUCAGAAGAAUCAGAUAUGGUGCAGUACCAAACUCGCUUUAUUGCUGUGAGAAAAGGCCGGACUGUUAAUAUACUAUGUGGAUGUUGGAGCAUGCAAUUCCCUGUCCAACGUAAUGUCUCCUGGUAUCGUGGACAUCAAGAUGGCUCGGUGAUCACUUAUCUGAACCUCGAGCCCCACAUUACAACAAAUGGAAUAAGUCUGAAAAUUCAAAACGUGCAAAGAAAAGACAUGGGCAUCUACUUCUGUACCUACAAUACCACUAAAAAGAUAAAGCAGCCACACUGUGGGACGGAGCUGAUGAUAGUGGGUUCUGCGAAUGCUGAAAUGGCAAAGUCAAGAAAUACAAUGAAAGACACAAUCAUAGUGAUACAGACAAUUCUUAUUGUGCUCUUCUUAGUGGUGCCUGUAAACCUUCUAAGAGGGAUGAAUAGAAAACGCAAUUUGAAGAUGGAAGACCAUACAUAUGAGGGUCUGGAGGCAUAUCAGACAGCAACCUACGAGGACAUCCAAACUGUACGAGUCCUUGCAGCAAAGACCAUGGAGGGAGAGCACCCGUGUCUGGAGUAGGAGUGACUCCGUGAAGCAUAUUUUACCCUUUAUUAUUAAACUAUAGACCAGAACGCACUGGUUGGACACAAAAUCCUGACAGUGAACAUUGUACAGCGAUGAAAAUGGCCGUGUCACAGACUGACUGUAGCAACAGACUACUAUGUUACUGUCCCAGCAGAAGACCAGUGGGAUCUUGUUCUCUUUUACCUGCCUGACCUAAGGAGCAGACGGGAAUGGCAUGCAUCUAGCUUUAGCAAUGUGUAAUCUGCUACAUUUACCACCUAUGAAAAUCAUACUGUAUGUACUACAUUAUAUAUAUAUAUAUAUAUAUAUAUAUAUAUAUAUAUAUAUAUAUAUAUAUAUACAGUGUUCCCUCAACUUACAAUGGCCUCAACAUACAAUAUUUUCUACAUACAAUGGUCUUUUUUGGACCAUUGUAACUUGAAACUAGACUCAACAUACAAUGUUAUGGAAUGUGCAAAACGUGUCAAUGGCUGAAAGAACCGACCAAUCAGAAUGGGAAUUCACUGAUAAAACCCCUGUAUUACUGAAGUGCAUGCACUGACUGGCUGUCUGGUAGCGCCCCCUACAGUACAGGGAGGUACUACAUGUUCUGUACUACUUUUAACCCAUGCCAUGGUUAGCUGCUCCUUUGGACACCAAGUAAGGACGGCUCCAUUUUACUAUUUUAGAACAUUGCGUGUACUGUACAGGACCCUGUCCACUACAUAGACCAGUCUGUCCCAACGAGGGCGCCUCCAGCUGUUGCAAAACUACAACUCCCAGCAUGCCCGGACAGCCUUUGGCUGUCCGUGCAUGCUGGGAGUUGUAGUUUUGCAACAGCUGGAGGCUCCCUGCUUGGGAAACACUGACAUAAACAGUGAUUUACAGCUCCCAGCAGAUCUUUCUUACUUUUAUAUGUAAGGAUUUGCUUUAUCUGUAUUGGUUAUCUACUUAUUUUUCUUUAAUCCUCACUUUUUCCUAUUUUUGGAUGACAUUUUGGGGCUUCAGAAUCAAUUACGAGGUUUCCAUAGAGUUCUGGUCUCAACAUACAAUGGUUUCAACAUACAAUGGUCGUCCUGGAACCGAUUAAUAUUGUAACUUGAGGGACUAUUGUAUAUAUAUACACACACACACUUACUGGCCACUUUAUUAGGUACAAAUGUUCAAAUAGCUAGUCAGCCAAUCACAUUGCAGCAACUGAAUGCAUUUAGGCAUGUAGAUGAGGUCAAGACAACUUGUUGAAGUUUGAACCGAGCAUGAGAAUGGGGAAGAAAGGGUGUUUAAGUAACUGAAAUUCCCAUCAUUGAUGCCAUCAUGUCCAUAUGGCCGAAAAUCUCUGAGGAAUGUUUCUUGCACUGUUUAGAAAAUAUGCAAUGAAGAACGAAGGCAAAUGGGGGUCCCAACUGGUACUAGCAAGGUGUACCUAAUAAAGUGGCUAGUGAGCAUAUAUUGUAGCUAUCACAAAUUGUUCCGAUGUCUUGCUUAUAUAAAGAUUAAAACAGCUUAAAGGGGUACUCCGGUGGAAAACAUUUUUUUUUUAA